AUGCCAAUCAAAGCCGACGCCAGAAUGGAUAUACCGGAAUACUGUGUGACCGUUUACUGUGAAUGGACUAUUCCAUCAAUAACACAUGAUAUGAAAUUCGUUGCAUUGUUUAAUUUUACGUCGGAGGCUGAUAUGCUCACAGUGGCCACCGGGAAUGACAUACGACAGUUUUCGAGUAAAUCGAGGGUACUUGUCAGAAAGGAAUGGAGGUUACCAAAGAAUCCACAAGCAGUAACCAUUUCGUACAAGCGUGAUGUGCGAGCAAAUUCGUCAUUAUCGUCUGCGAUGUCAUCAUUUCUCGUCAGUUGGAUGCCCAAUGAAGAACCUAAUGGAGACAGCUGCAUUGAGGCUCGUCUAUUAGUAUACUAUUCUGUAACUAUCAUUACUCUACUAUCAAUUGUGCUCAUUGCUGGAAUCAUCGUUGCGGUGUUCAGAAGGUAUGCUGGAGAGCACUUCGGGUAA